CAGAACUCCAGAACCCAGAACAUUGCUGUGGGCUGCAGUGGCCUCAGUGGGUUUUGGAAGGAGCUUCCUUUCUGCCCCUGGGUUUCUUUGGACUGUCCAGCUGUCAACCAGUCCUUCUCUAAUCACAGGUGAGGGCCGAGCCUACCAUCACAUCACUACCUCCCUUCUACAGGACCAGCCCAGAGUGGCACCACAGCUUUGAAAGUGACCCAGCUUCCCACAGGACAGCCAUGGAACUGCUCUGGAUGACCCUGCUGACACUGACCUCUUGGGUCCCCACCACCCACAGCUCUCUGGAGCAGGAUGCCACUGCCCCCAACAUCAACCCCUCCCAGCCCUUGCAUAUCGUGGAGGAGCAAAAUCUGCUGGUUCUGACACCAGCCGGCCUGGAGCAGAUGCUCAAUGAGACCCGCUUUUUCAUGGUUCUUUUCCACAACCCGUCCUCCAAGCAAUCCAAGAACCUGGCAGAAGAGCUGGGCAAAGCUGUGAAGAUGAUGGGCAAGGGCAAGACUGGGAUUGGCUUCGGCAAAGUAGACAUCACAGUGGAGAAGGAGCUCAAGCAGGAGUUUGACAUCAAGAAGGCUCCAGAACUGAAGCUGUUUUUUGAGGGCAACAGGUCAGAACCCAUCAGCUGCAAAGGAGUGGUUGAAUCUGCAGCCUUGGUGGUUUGGUUAAGAAGACAAAUUAGCCAAAAAGCAUUUGUAUUCAACGACAGCCAGGAGGUGGCAAAUUUUGUGAAAUCCAGGCCUGUGGUCAUCAUUGGCUUCUUCCAGGAUUUGGAGGAAGAGGUAGCAGAAAUGUUCUUUGAGGUGAUCAAAGACUUCCCCGAGGUUCCAUUUGGAGCGAUAGAGAUAAAAAAUACCUUUAAACGUUUCCACGUGAUCCUUGACAGUGUCCUGGUAUUCAAAAAGGGGAAAGUUGUGACCCGUCAAGAGCUUAUUAAUGACAGUACCUACAAACAAGACCUCACCGAAGUCAUAAGAAAGCACCUGCCAGAUAUUGUGAUUGAAUAUAACACUGAGAAUAAGGAUCUGAUUUACGAAAUGAAGCUCUUGAAUCACAUGCUGCUGUUUGUCUCCAGGAAGUUUGAGUUAUACAGAGUCAUAGUUCGGCAUUAUAAAUUGGCCUCCAAGGAAUUCCAGAACAAGAUCCUUUUCAUUGUGGUGGAUGUGGAAGAACACAGAAACAAACACGUCUUGGAGUAUUUCCAGGUCACAAAGGUCAAUGUUCCAUGUGUUCAAAUCCUAAACUUGAGCUCUGACACCCGGUACAAGAUGCCUUCUGAUGAGAUAACCUAUGAAAACCUUGUAAUGUUUGGCACCAGCUUCCUAAAUAGAAAUGCCAAGAAACAUCAACCCAGUGAAGAGAUUCCACAAUAUUGGGACCAAGGUCUGGUUAAGCAGCUCGUGGGGAAGAACUUCAACAUAGUUGUCUUUGACAAGGAAAGGGAUGUGUUUGUGAUGUUCUACGCACCCUGGUCUAAGAAGUGUAUUGUGCUAUUCCCACUGCUGGAGGAGUUGGGCAGGAAGUAUCAAAACCACUCCACAGUUACCAUUGCCAAGAUUGACAUCACAGCCAAUGACAUCCAGCUGAUAAACCCAGACAAGUACCCAUUCUUCAGACUUUUCCCUACCAACUCUGAACAGGCUGUACCAUAUACAGGAGAACACACCGUGAAUGGCAUUUCUGAUUUCCUGGAAAGCCAAGUCAAGAUGAGGAUUGAAAAUGAGGAUGAGCUAUUGUUCAUUGAGAAAAACGAAAUGAUAGAAGAGGAAGUAUUAGCUGAAGAAAAGGAAAGAAUUUACACAGAGCCAGAACUACCUGGGCAGCAGUUGCCUGAGCAGCAGUUCCCCAAGCUGGAGAACAUGACGGAAGUGAAGGUGCCAGUGGAGGAGCUGCCCACACUGCAGAACGUGACCACACUGGAAGUGCCUGUGCAGGAGCCACCCGAGCAGGAGGGUGCCACAAAGGCGGAGGCUCCGGUGGGACAGAAGAAAAGGCCUGAGAAGAAGGACAAGGUAGUUAAGCCAAAAAGACGUCCAAGACAAGAAAAGAAAUUCAAAAUCAAAGAAGAACUUUAACUUCUCCCAGGCCAAGAGGGAAGGGGCCCAGUUUCGGGUCCUGACAUAAUUUUUGAGGGGAUCUGUUCCAAUAAUCUUAUCUCUCAUUGUGGUAGGUAGGUGGGAGCUGGGGAAUAAAUCCCCUGAAUGUC